AUGAAGGGUUUUAGACAGAGAGUGCAUGAGCAGUUGUCGAGGGCAAAGGAUGCGAAUAAAUCCUCGAAGAAAAAGGACGCCAACUCCCAGAACCAAGCCUCCAUCGGAAUUCACCAUGCUCAGCAGUCCUCCUCUCCCAACCAAGGCACCCCGACCUCCUCCUCCACAUCCGUGAACGAUACCAGAGGGAAGUCGCCGGAUAAUGCUCCGCAGGCAGGGGCCUUUCCCGCAGGUCAGUACUCCAUCCCGCAGGGCGCCGGUGUGGCUGGCCAACCUGUGAAUAAUGGAGGUCCAGGCACUCCCACCAAGCAAGGUCAGCAAGUGGCCCCGAGCUUGGUCAUUAGCCCCAGCGGUCCGCAUGCCCCUCCCCCCGGCGCCGCAGAGACGAUGCCCGGUGAUCUCGCUCCGCCCCGGAAGUCUCACGUCUUCGAUCGCCUGCAAACGACCCCCAAGGAUUUGUCGGAAGGGAUCCGGACGCCCAAGCGCCAGCACUCGUCGCGCUUCGACAUCUCUGACCAGCGUCAGCGGGAGCUGGAGAAACUCCCGGGGUUCCACGAGGUCCCCCCCAAUCGCCGUCAGGACCUGUUCAUGCAGAAGAUCGACCAGUGCAACAUCAUCUUCGACUUCAAUGACCCCACCGCGGAUAUGAAGUCGAAGGAGAUCAAGCGGCUGGCGCUCCAUGAGCUCCUGGACUACGUCGCCAACAACCGCUCCGUCAUCACGGAGCCCAUGUACCCGCGCGUCGUCGAGAUGUUCGCCAAGAACCUCUUCCGGCCGAUCCCCCCGCCCGUGACGCCCCAAGGCGAGGCGUUCGACCCGGAGGAGGACGAGCCGGUCUUGGAGGUCGCCUGGCCGCACAUCCAGGUGGUCUACGAAUUUUUCCUGCGGUUCAUCGAGAGUCAGGACUUCAACACGAACAUCGCGAAAGCGUAUAUCGAUCAUCACUUCGUUCUUCAGUUAUUGGAGCUCUUUGACUCGGAAGAUCCCCGGGAGCGGGAUUUCCUUAAGACCACCUUGCAUCGGAUCUACGGAAAAUUCUUAAACCUGCGCUCGUAUAUCCGUCGAUCCAUCAACAACGUCUUCUUCCAAUUCACGUACGAGACCGAGCGCUUCAACGGGAUUGCCGAGUUACUGGAGAUCUUGGGGUCGAUUAUCAAUGGCUUCGCCCUGCCGCUCAAGGAGGAGCACAAGCUUUUCUUGACGCGUGUAUUGAUUCCCCUGCACAAGGUCAAGAGUCUGAGCAUGUAUCAUCCGCAGCUCGCCUAUUGUAUUGUUCAGUUCCUGGAGAAGGACUCUUCCCUAACAGAAGAGGUGGUCAUGGGCCUACUCCGCUACUGGCCUAAGACGAACAGCACCAAGGAAGUGAUGUUCUUGAAUGAGGUCGAGGACAUCUUCGAAGUGAUGGAUCCGGCAGAGUUCGCCAAGGUCCAAGAGCCCUUGUUCCAGCAACUGGCCAAGUCGGUGGCUAGUCCGCACUUCCAGGUUGCCGAGCGUGGACUCUACUUCUGGAACAACGAAUAUUUCUGCAACCUUGUUAGCGACAAUGUCGAGACCAUCCUGCCGAUCAUGUUCGCCCCGCUGUACGAGAACUCGAAGGGCCACUGGAAUAGAACCAUCCACAGCAUGGUAUUCAAUGCGAUGAAGAUGUUCAUGGAAAUCAACCCCCGCCUGUUCGAUGAAUGUUCCCACGAAUACAACGAGCGGCAAAACAGCGCCGAACAUCGCGAGCGGGAGAGACAGAGCCGGUGGGAGAAGCUCGCCGCACAGGCUCAGGACAGGAAGAAUGGCAUUCCUGCGCCUGCCCCGGCUCCCAGCGCCUCUAGCGCGGAAAUUUCGGUCCACUUGGAUGAUGUCGAUGCCCUCACUCAAGACAGCCAGAAACGCCUUAAUGCUCUGAAGCUGGACGAGCCGAACUCUAGCAAGGAUCGACGGGGGAGCGGGUUGAGGAGCUCCCCCCGGAGGGGUUUCUUAACUAUGGAGCGCAAUAUCGAUAUCUAUGCUAGCAAGCUGGGGGACGAGCAGCUUGAUAUCAAGAUUAGGGCCAAUGUCGCUGUCGAAUUACGGGAUAAUAUCGAGCCCUUGUGCUCGGGUGCGAGCUAUCCGAUAUUCCUCUCGAAGUUAUGGCCCGUCUUUAAGAAUAUCUUGCGGGGUGAGCCCGUGUUCAUCACGAUGUCUGUUGAGCAGAAAUUCCGCAACUGCAUUCUCGAGACACUACACCGAUUACCCGUCGCUUCUCCCGAUGUGGAACCCUACGCCGCGGAUAUGGUUGAUUUGUUGAUGGAUCUGGUCCGGAUCGAGAACGAAGAGAAUGCUGUUCUCUGUAUGAAGACCAUCAUGGAUGUGGAGCGCAACCAACCCAAGGCGACUGCUCUUCAGGUGCAACCGUUCUUAGAGCUCAUCCAGGAGAUGUUCCAGACCAUGGAGCAGGUCGUCCGCGAUACUUUUGAUACCCCCACUCAGUCCACGCCCGCGGGAAUGCCGUCAACCCCCAGCGCCAUAGCACAGACCUUCCAGUCCCCGCGACCCAGCUCCCCCGCCACGUCUGUAUCGGACUUGGGACCGGACCAGCAUGCCAACAAUGUCCUGCUCAAGGGCAUGCAGUCGUUCAAGGUGUUGGCAGAAUGCCCGAUAAUCGUCGUCUCCAUCUUCCAAACGCACCGCAACUCUGUUGCCGCCAAUGUGAAGCUUUUCGUGCCGCUUAUCAAGAGUAUAUUGCUUCUCCAAGCCAAGCCGCAGGAGAAAGCUCAUGCGGAAGCCGCCGCCCAAGGGAAGAUCUUUACAGGCGUGUGUCGGGAAAUUAAGAACCGUCCCGCGUUUGGGGAGUUCAUCACAGCGCAGGUCAAGACCAUGAGCUUCCUGGCCUACCUCUUACGGGUGUAUGCGCAGCAGCUGCAGGAUUUCCUACCUACAUUGCCGUCGGUCGUGGUUCGUCUUCUCCAGGAUUGCCCCCGGGAGAAGUCCAGCGCCCGCAAGGAACUGCUCGUUGCCAUUCGUCAUAUUAUCAACUUCAACUACCGAAAGAUCUUCCUGGAGAAGAUCGACGAGCUUCUUGACGAGCGGACCUUGAUUGGCGACGGCCUCACAGUCUACGAAACGAUGAGGCCUCUGGCUUAUAGCAUGCUGGCGGAUCUCAUCCACCAUGUCCGAGACCACUUGUCGCGCGACCAGAUCCGGCGUACGGUCGAGGUGUAUACGAAGAACCUGCAUGAUGAUUUCCCCGGUACAAGCUUCCAGACAAUGAGCGCGAAGCUGCUGUUGAACAUGGCGGAGAAGAUCUCCAAGCUGGACGAUAAGCGUGAGGCACGCUACUUCUUGAUCAUGAUCCUGGAUGCCAUCGGUGACAAGUUUGCAUCCAUGAACCACCAGUUCAACAACGCUGUAAAGGUUUCAAAGAUGUACAAGGAGACGAAGAAGGACAUCGAGCCUUGUCCGGAGCGGUAUCUGGCUGACAAGGACCAUCCCCCGGAUUGGGAUGAGAUUGAUAUCUUCUCCGCCUCACCGAUCAAGACGUCUAAUCCUCGUGAUCGUGGUGGGGACCCGGUAUCUGACAACAUCUUCUUGUUCAGGAACCUCAUCAAUGGCCUGAAGAAUAUCUUCCACCAGCUCAAGAACUGCAACCCCGAUAAUAUCCAGAUCGACCCGAAUAAUGUCCCGAUCAACUGGGCAGAGGUUUCAUAUGGAUAUAACGCCGAGGAAGUGCGCGUCAUUAAGAAGCUUUUCCAUGAGGGUGCCCGUGUGUUCAAGUACUACGGCGUGGACCAGUCGCCGCCAGAUGUGAACUAUUCUUCUCCUUUCGAUUUCCUUGCCAGCCAAUACACGGCUCCAAUGUCACGAGAGGAGAAGGAGCUUCUGGAGAGCUUUGGGACUGUCUUCCACUGCAUUGACACGGCGACCUUUUACGAGGUCUUCCAUUCGGAGAUCCCGUAUCUGCAUGAGCUCAUGUUCGACCACGGGGCUUUGCUCCAUCUACCGCAGUUCUUCCUCGCCAGCGAAGCUACAUCCCCGGCAUUCUCAGGCAUGGUGCUCCAGUACCUGAUGGAACGUAUCCAUGAAGUCGGAACCGCUGACAUGACGAGGGCGAAAAUCUUGCUGAGGAUGUUCAAACUGUCAUUCAUGGCCGUGACCCUCUUCUCUGCACAGAAUGAACAAGUCCUGCAUCCUCAUGUCACCAAGAUCGUCACCAAGUGUAUUGAGCUUUCGGUGACCGCCGAGGAACCCAUGAAUUACUUUCUCCUUCUGCGCUCCCUCUUCCGCAGCAUUGGCGGCGGCCGCUUUGAGCUCCUGUAUAAAGAGAUCCUCCCGCUGCUAGAGAUGCUCCUCGAGACGUUUAAUAACCUUCUUCUUGCUGCUCGGAAGCCUCAAGAGCGGGAUCUUUACGUCGAGCUUACUCUUACUGUGCCUGCCCGCCUCAGCCACCUGUUACCGCACUUGAGCUAUCUUAUGCGGCCAAUCGUGGUAGCGCUACGGGCAGAUUCAGACCUCGUCGGACAGGGGCUGAGAACCCUUGAGCUUUGCGUGGACAAUCUCACGGCUGACUACCUCGACCCAAUUAUGGCGCCUAUAAUGGAUGAAUUGAUGACAGCGCUUUGGGAUCACUUGCGGCCCCACCCCUAUAAUCAUUUCCAUGCGCACACGACGAUGAGGAUCUUGGGCAAACUUGGCGGGCGCAACAGGAAAUUCCUCAAUCACCCCCCUGACUUGUCGUUUGAGCAAUACACGGAUGAUGCUCCAAGCUUUGACAUGAAGCUUAUCGGCCCCAGUGAAAAACGACCUUUCCCAAUUGCAGUCGGCAUUGAUCUUGCAAUUGCCAAGUUGAUGGAAAAUCCCAGGACUGCCUCGACAAAGGCGCCGCAAGAUCCGGACAAGCCGUCCAGCUUGUUCUAUAAACAGCAGGCCUUCCGCAUGGUUUCCUCGCAGCUGAAGCUCUACAUCGGCUAUGAAACCAUCCCCGAGGAUCUGGCCUCGCUCAUUCGUCUCGGCGCCAAUGAUUUGUUCGAGAACAAAACCACCGGCAUGCCCGACAUCAUGGAAAGGUCCGAGAGGUCCAGUUCGAUUCCAAAGAAGCAGGCGCAGGAAGGUUCCCUGAAGAAGCUCCUAAAGGCUUGCAUAUUUGCCACCACUGUCCCUGAACUCGAGCAGACCGCGACAGCUUUUGUGGCUGAUGUUUGCAAGCAUUUUGCUAUCGUUGAAGUUGGACGGGCCCUGGCUCAAGUCCGACACAGCCGAAAGCCUUUCGAUGUGUCUAGCGGCGAGGGUCCUGUGUACCUCGACUCCCGACUGCUUGCUGAUGCGCUGGUUGAGUCGCUGUCUUCUGACUCCCCUUGCGUCCGUGAGAGUGGUCAAGCGGCCAUGCAGGUCAUGAAGGAUGCCGCUGUCGUCAUCUUCGGGUCGUCAGAUCGCGCGUCAAAGCUUCCCUUCUUCCAGCAUCUCGGUCGCAUUUUCUGCCAUAGUUGCUAUAGCGAAGAAUGGUUCACCAAGGCAGGUGGUAGUUUCGGUAUCCACCUGUUCGCGACCGACCUUGACCUCGGCGAUACUUGGAUCUUUGAAAAGCAGCUCGAGUUCGUUCGCGCGCUGAUGCAUGUCAUCAAGGAUACCCCACCCGACCUUCCAGCCAGCACGAGGAUCAGGGCCCAAGAGACCCUGGAACUGAUCUUGAAGCGGUGCUGCAAGAACGCCUCCAAAGAUGACCUCAAGAAUGAGAAGGGUCGUCUCUACUCCCUUUGCGGCUCCUUCGUAUUUGAUCUUAGUCACAUGAACAAGUAUGUUAGGGAGGCCUCUCGCCUGAGCUUUUCGACCAUGGCAGAAGUCCUCGGAUGCCAAGUCCAUGAGCUUAUCUUCCCUGUUAAAGAUCGUCUAUUACAGUCCAUCUUCAACAAACCCCUUCGCGCUCUGCCGUUCGCCACGCAGAUUGGCUUCAUCGAUGCCAUCACAUUCUGCUUGAGUCUCCAUAAUAAUAUCUUGACCUUUAAUGACCCCCUUAAUCGCCUAAUGCUGGAGUCCCUGGCACUUGCCGAUGCGGAUGAUGAAUCCCUUGCGCCAAAACCGAACGAGUUCAAGAACGCCGAGAUGAUUGUGAAUUUGCGUGUUGCCUGUCUCCGGCUUCUGUCGAUGGCAAUGAGCUUCCAGGAAUUCGCCAACCCCGCGCAGAACAGCAGUCGUGCUCGAAUCAUCUCCGUCUUCUUCAAGUCUCUCUAUUCACGAUCGCCGGAGGUGAUCGAAGCUGCCAAUGCUGGUCUACGGGAUGUCUUGACGCAGACGAACAAACUCCCAAAGGAUCUGCUGCAGAAUGGUCUACGUCCUAUCCUGAUGAACCUCCAAGAUCCGAAGCGGCUGAGCGUUGCGGGCCUCGAUGGUCUUGCUCGCCUUUUAACGCUUUUGACGAAUUAUUUCAAGGUUGAAAUUGGUGCGCGUCUUCUGGACCACAUGAAGGUCAUCGCGGAUGAUUCGAUUCUGCAAAAGGUGUCUUUUAGUCUCGUUGAGCAGAGCCCGCCCAUGAAGAUUGUCGCGGCCAUCUUCAAUAUUUUCCAUCUUCUCCCGCCGGCUGCGACGUCAUUCAUGGAGCAUCUUGUCAACAAGGUUUUGGAACUGGAAGAAACACUCCGGAGAACUUCCCACAGUCCUUUCCGGAAGCCCCUUGUCAAAUACCUGAACCGUUACCCGAAGGAAAGCCUGGCGUUCUUCCUGGCUCGCUUCAAGGAGGAGCGUUUCGGCCGUUUCUUUGGGCAGAUCCUGGACGACCCGGAAAGCGAAGCACUCCGUGCGGCAGUUGUUGCAGACACGGAUGCAUUGACAUCAGCUGCUUUUGGACAAGACGUGGGUGAGGCCAAGAACACCGCAGCUAUCAAUGGGAUCUGUGUGGUUCACUCCAUAUGCUCACACCAGCACACGAAACGCUGGCUGGUGUCGCAUGCCGACCUACGGGCGAAGCUCCUCACCUUCGGACGGGAUCUGGAGAGAAAGCUGCGCAAUGACAAGCUUCCCGCCAGCGAACGCUUGAGGGUCGAGCAAGCACAGGACAAGUUGAUGGAGAUCUUCACCACCUACCUAUCGGAGUCGGUACAGGAUCUCGAUUUCCUUUUCGAGGUUAUGGAUGGUCUUUCUGCAGAUGAAUUGAAGCACACCCUUGCCUUCCCGCGAUUCAUCUAUAGCCAUAUAAUCACCAACGAGUCCAUCGACUACCGCCGCUCGGUGAUUAUGAGAUGUCUUGAUCUCUACGGCCAACGCUCGUGCUCGCAGAAGAUGAAGACAUUUGCCUUCCGAAACCUUGUCAAUCCCAUCUUCGCCAUGGAUGUGCAGGCGAAUUGGAACAGCCCCGCGAACAGCCCCAAGUUGAUGGACAAGAGCAUGACCGAGUUCAUCCAGAGCCGUCUGUGGAAGCCUCAGCUGUCGGAUCUGAGCGAGGAGUCUAGCCAGGCUGGUGUUGAUCAUUCACGGAUGGAGCUGCUUCAACUGUCGGCCUUGUUGAUCAAGUACCACUCUCAAACAGUGCAGGACUCGCGCAAAGACAUCAUCAAGUUUGCGUGGAACUACAUUCGCCUGGAGGACAUUAUCAAUAAGUAUGGUGCCUACGUUCUCAUCAGCUACUUUAUCGCGCAUUACGAGACUCCUUUCAAGAUUGUGGUCCAGGUCUAUGUUGCUCUUUUGAAAGCGCACCAGAAUGAAGGCAAAGCUCUUGUCACCCAGGCGUUGGAUGUGCUCGCCCCUGUUCUCCCUAAUAGGAUUGUGUCUUUGAACACCCAGGCACCGGAUGUACGAUAUCCGUUGUGGGCCAAGUGGCCGCGUCGCAUCCUGGCGGAGGAGACUGCCAAUUUACAGCAAGUCAUGAGCAUUUUCCAGUUCCUUGUGCGACAACCCGACCUGUUUUACGAGUCCCGCGAGCAUUUUGUGCCUCUCAUUGUUCCUUCUCUGAUCAAGAUUGCAUCCCCGCCCAAUUCAUCAAAUGAUAGUAAGAAGCUUGCGCUGAACCUUAUCAACCUCAUCUGGCACUGGGAAGAGAAACGAGUGGUGCAGAGCCAGCCACCGGUGCCUAAUGGUGUGCUUGACUCGCCGAAUGCCAAGAAGCGCAAAAUCGACGAGCAAGGCACUGCCUCUGCCUCUCCCAUGGGAGCCACGACACCCCAUUCCGCUCGCGAGCGGGGUGACUAUGUGGUUCCUGCUGACCUCCGGGCCGCAUUGACUAAAUAUCUCAUUACCUUCAUCACGACCAUCCAAGAGCGGUUCAUUGUUCCCGCGACCCGAUAUAGAGAAAUGUCCUCGGCCAAGACUCAGCCGCCGGUGCAAACAGGCGAUAUGAUCAAGAAGGCGGUUUAUCUACUCAGAAACCUCCUGUCCCCGGAGUACUGGGGUGAUCUUGAUAUUGAUCUGUAUCAGAAGGUCAUGGAGCCCAUUCUUGCUGGUGAGAAGGCGGACAAGCCGGACGACAAGCAUACCACGAGUAUGAUCAAUGCGCUGCAAGUUUUGCGCGUUUUGUUAGCAGACAAGCCGGAUGACUGGAUCGUGGCACGUGUGCCGGUCAUUCAGAAGCUUUUCGAGAAGCCAUUACGAUCUGAUAACCCAGAGAUCCAAGAUUCGCUCCAUGGGCUUGAGGAUGAGAUGGAUAUCAGUCCGAAGUUGAUCCCGCCAAUCAAGCGUGUCCUGAACGCGCUUCCGGAUGAUCAACCGGAAGAUGAGGACGCCAUGGACAUUGAGCACUCGCCGUCGGAAUUCGUCGCAUACCUAUCCGCCAUUGCAACCGAGACGCUCUCCGCCAACAAUUAUGUUUCGAGCUUGAAUAUUCUCUGGUCACUGUCUAAGAGCAAGCCGGCUGAAAUGGAUGGUCACAUCCCCCAGGUCAUGAAGGCGUUUUCCCAGAAACUGGCAAAGGAGCAUGUGGCUGCAUCCACCCAGAAUGGGGGUCAAUUAACUCCCGGAGGCAGACCCGCCGAAGGUGUCCCCGAUCAACAAGAAUUUGAGCUGGGCGUCGAUCUGAUCUUCAAGACUAUCGAGUUGAUCUCCGUCCGCAUGUCUCACCUCGGCGAGCAACGACGCCCGUUCCUCAGUGUCCUCGCUCAGCUGGUGGAGCGUUCGCAGAACAUCAAGCUUUGCAGCAAGAUCCUGGGCAUGGUUGAAGAGUGGAUCUUCCAUUCUACCGAGUCCUGGCCUACUCUUAAAGAAAAGACGGCCGUCUUGCACAAGAUGCUGCUUUUCGAGACACGCACCGAUAAGACGAUGUUGAAAAAGUUCCUUAACCUGGUCAUCCGAAUUUACGAGGACUCGAAGAUCACGAGGACGGAGCUCACUGUACGGCUGGAGCACGCGUUCUUGAUCGGCACACGGGCGCAGGAUGUCGAAAUGCGCAACCGCUUUAUGAAUAUUUUCGAUCGGAGCUUGACCCGUCUUGCCAGCUCCCGGCUAAGCUAUGUGUUGACCUGUCAGAACUGGGACACUCUUGCGGACUCUUUCUGGCUGGCGCAGGCGUCGCAUCUGCUUUUGGGGUGCGUUGACAUGACUGGGUCGGCCAGGCUGCAUCCUGACGACUUCACUCUGUCUCCGCUCUCGUUCCUCUACAGUAAUGCGGAGAAGGACUCGAGGAAAGCAGAUGUCAUGGUUGAUACACAGCUGGAAACCUUCAUCACUGAUCGUAAGCGGUUCGUCGCCGACAUCGGUGACGUCAAGGUUCGCGAUCUUAUGGAGCCGCUGUGCCAGUUGCAGCAUACCGAUCCCAACGUCAGUUACACCUUGUGGACUAGUCUUUUCCCCAUGUUCUGGUCUAUCUUGUCUCGGGAAGAUCGCAUCGAUCUGGAGAAGGGGAUGGUCACACUUCUCACGCGCGAGUAUCAUCAAAGACAGCUGGACAAGCGACCGAAUGUUAUCCAAGCUCUACUCGAAGGCGUUGUUCGCUCCAAGCCCCGUUUCAAGGUCCCUCCGCAUGUCAUGAAGUAUCUCACUCGCACUUACGAUGCGUGGUACACAGCUGCCAUUUACCUGGAGGACUCCGCCAUCAGCCCAUUGAUCGACACACCCACGGUCCGCGAGAGCAAUCUCGACGCAUUAGUUGAGAUCUACGCAGGACUACAAGAAGAAGAUUUCUUCUACGGUACUUGGCGGCGUCGGUGCAAGUUCGUUGAGACCAACGCCGCACUUUCCUAUGAACAGCAGGGAAUGUGGGACAAGGGACAACAGCUUUAUGAAAAUGCCCAAAUCAAAGCUCGCUCUGGGGCGAUGCCGUUCUCACAAGGCGAAUACUUCUUGUGGGAGGACCAUUGGCUUAUCUGCGGGCAGAAGCUCCAGCAGUGGGAGAUUCUCAGCGAUUUCGCUAAGCAUGAAAACCUGAACGAUCUGCUUCUGGAGGCUGCGUGGAGGAACAUUGAGAAUUGGCAGAGUGAGGGCAACCGGGAGCAGCUCGAGUCUCUGAUCAAGUCCGUGUCCGAUGCGCCUACCCCGAGGCGGACUUUCUUCCAGGCGUUCAUGGCUCUUCUUCAAUGCCAUAUGAAGAAAGAGAACAGCACUCAAGAAUUCAACGGCGUCUGCGAUGAGUCGAUCCAAUUGUCUAUCCGCAAGUGGCUGCAGCUGCCUAAGAGGAUCACGAAUGCGCACAUCCCCAUCUUGGAGCACUUCCAGCUUCUGGUGGAGCUUCAUGAUGCCAGCCACAUCUGCGUCAGUCUGUCGCAGACCAAUGAACGCAAUCUGGAUACGAAAUCGGCUGAGCUGAAGCUGCUACUGGGCACGUGGCGAGACCGUCUCCCGAACCUGUGGGACGAUAUCAAUGCCUGGCAGGACCUUGUCACUUGGCGGCAGCACAUCUUCCAGCUUAUCAACGCGACCUAUCUGGGCUUGCUGCCUCCGCAGACCAACAAUGUGGCGAGCAACUCAUAUGCGUACCGGGGUUACCAUGAGACGGCGUGGAUUAUCAACCGCUUUGCUCAUGUCGCACGGAAGCACCAGAUGCCUGAAGUGUGCAUCAAUCAGCUGAGCCGCAUCUACACGCUGCCGAAUAUCGAAAUCCAGGAAGCGUUCCUGAAGCUGCGAGAGCAGGCCAAGUGCCACUACCAGAACCCCAAGGAACUCAACAGCGGGCUGGACGUGAUCAACAACACGAACCUCAACUACUUCGGCGCGCAGCAGAAGGCGGAGUUCUACACGCUGAAGGGCAUGUUCCUUGCCAAGCUCAACCAUGUCAACGAGGCGAACGAAGCGUUUGGUGUCGCGUUAUACUAUGACUUGAGGCUCGGCAAGGCCUGGUAUGAGUGGGGACAGUACAGCGAUCAGCGGUUCAAGGCUGAUCCGAGUGACCUGGAACUCGCCAGCAACGCCGUGAGCUGCUACCUCGAAGCAGCCCCGCUGUACAAGGGUGCAAAGACCAGGAAGUUGCUGAGUCGGAUCCUGUGGCUGCUUAGUUUGGACAACGAAGAAGGACAGAUUGCUGCUGCCUUUGAGAAGUUCAAGGGUGACACCCCAGUGUGGUAUUGGAUUACGUUCAUUCCGCAGUUGUUGACAAGCUUGUCGCAUCGGGAGGCCCGCCUUUGCAAGGCCAUCCUGGUGAAGAUCGCCAAGUUGUACCCGCAGGCGCUGUUCUUCUUACUCCGCACCAACAGGGAAGACAUGCUGAACAUCAAGAAACAGCAUGAUCAGAAGCAGGAGAAGCUGAACCGUGCUAGACAGCAACAGCAGCUGGCCUCGCCGCAUACCAAGUCUUCGCCCUCUGUCACGGAUGGGUCUCCUCAGCAGCCUGCUGCGGUCAAGAAUCCCAAUACUUCCACUCCCGUGCAGGGCCAGAGCGGUCUGGUCAACGGCCAGCAGAAUCCAACUCCGCAGCCUCAGGGGUUGCCACAGGGCCAGAGCCCGCAGCUCAACAUGCCCGGACAGGCCCAGUCCUCUCCUGCCCAGGGUCAAUCUCAACCGCCGGGUUCUACGCCCGUCCAAGGCCAGACUCCCACCCUUGGCCAGGGGCAGAUUCCGCCACCUCAAGGUCAGCAACCAGGCAACCUCCAGGUGCCAGGACAGGUUCCCAUCCCCAAUGGCACUGCCCAGCAGAAUCAAACUUCUGGAGCCGAGCCGGAACGGGAGCCCCUUAAGAAGCCUUGGGAAUACUCGGACGAGAUCAUGUCUGGACUCAAGACAGCCUUCCCGCUGCUCGCGCUUUCAAUGGAGACCAUGGUCGAUCAGAUCCACAAGAACUUCAAGUGCCCACCGGACGAGGACGCCUACCGCCUUAUCGUCGCUCUGCUGAACGACGGUCUGGCGUAUGUUGGUCGCAUGCCAGGGUCUUAUGCGCAGGACUUUAAGCUGCCGGCUGCUACGGAGGCGAACAUCACGCGCUUCGCUGAGACCAUCCUCCCUGCGCAUAUUCGCAAGUCCUUCGAAGCGGACUUCGUCAUCAAGAAACCCACCAUGUAUGAGUACAUCCAGAAGCUGCGUCGCUGGCGUGACAAGUUCGAGGAGAAACUCGACCGCCGGCCCCAGACUCAGUUCCUCGAGACGUACUCCCCUCAUCUCACGGAGUUCCGAUUCCUGAAGUUUGAGGAGGUGGAGGUCCCCGGACAGUAUCUCCUGCAUAAGGACAAGAACCAGGAUUUUGUCCGUAUCGAUCGCUUCCUGCCUGAUAUCGAUCUGGUGCGUGGGAUUGGCGUGUGCCACCGUCGCUUGAAGAUCCGUGGCCACGAUGGUAGUGUGCAUCCGUUUGCCGUCCAACACCCGGCGGCUCGACACUGCCGACGCGAAGAGCGGAUUCUGCAGUUGUUCCGUAUCUUCAACGGUCUUCUGGCCAAGCGCAAGGAGAGCCGCCGUCGCAAUCUGUACUUCCAUCUGCCUCUCAUGGUGCCGCUGGCUCCCCAUAUUCGCUUGGUGCGCGACGAUCCGUCCUACAUCUCCAUGCAGGGUAUCUUUGAAGACUACUGCAGACGGGUUGGCAUGAACAAGGACGAGCCUGUGCUCUUCACGAUGGACAAGAUGCGGUCGUUGGCCGAGACGAAACACAAUCGGUCUCCGGAGCAGCAGCAGGUUCUUCGCACCGAAAUCCUCACUGCCAUCCAGGAGAAGUGGGUGCCGAGCACGGUUGUGCUGGACUACUUCCAGAAGACGUACCCCAACUUCUCGGACUUCUGGCUGUUCCGCCGGCAGUUCGCCUACCAGUAUGCCGCCGUGGCGUUCAUGACGUACGUGAUGCACAUGGGCAACCGGUAUCCGAACAAGAUCAUGGUGUCGCGAUCGACGGGCGAUAUCUGGGGCACCGAGCUGAUCCCGGCCAUCAACCCGGCCAAGGCAUUCUUCUACAACCCGGAGCAGGUGCCCUUCCGCUUCACGCCCAACAUCCAGACGUUGAUGGGACCGAUCGCCACAGAGGGUCUCUUCGCGUGCGCCCUGAUGGCCAUCGCGCGGUGCCUCACCGAACCGCGCCAGGAGCUCGAGCAACAACUGAGCAUCUUCGUUCGCGACGAAAUGAUGUUCUGGGCGACAGCCCAACACCGCGGUACCCUCCCCGUGGCACAGCUGCGCGACCUGGUCUACAGCAACAGCGACGUCAUCGUCAAUCGCGCCGUCAGCCUCGCCAGUCCCCCCGAGGGCAACCUGCCCGCCAACCAGACCACCAUCGAUCUGAUCUCCAAGGCCGUCAACCCGCAGUAUCUGGCCUCGUGCGAUGCCUUGUGGAUGCCGUAUCUGUGA